UCCGUGAUCGUCCAGACGAGAAACGAAAGAAAACCACUUAUUCUACGCGUUUGUCUGAAAUGGAAGUGACAGAGCCAGCCGUUAGUGGUAUUCCUGAUGCUGUUGCUCCUGAUGAUGGUGAUAAUAAAGACAGGUUCAAGAAAUGUGACCAGGUUAAUUUUUACAGGCGACAGAUUCAGGGUCCCAACUUGAUUCACCAAGCCCUUUUGGACACCAUGGUCCUCACAGAGAAGGGGGCACGGUUUCAGUUGUUGGAGCCUCAAUCACAGACGAGGCUGCUUCUCUCUGUGGUUCCUCAUAAAAGUGAGACUGUGAGGAUAUUAAUCGAUGAACUGCAGCCCAUUAAAGCACGCUACAGAGUCCCGGAUGUGAUCACCAGAGAACCGCUGUGUGACCCGCUGAGAGUGAGGAGUCGGACAGAGGAUUCUGUCACACUGUGUUGGUCUUCAGGUUGUCACCAGGUCCGUGUGUGGCGUUGCCCUUUCUGGCUGGAGAUCCUCUGUGAAGAGGAAGUGAUCGUUACCUUCAACUCUAAUGGCAAACUGUGGUUCGAGACUCUGCAGGAUCCAUCCAGGGUUCCAGCUCAUGGCAUUGAGCAGGACAGCUCAAGUUCAUUGUGGAAAGAAACUUUUAGAACAUUUGAAGACAUCAAAGCAAAUGGUCCCAGUAGUGUAGGAGCAGACCUCCGCCUGCACGGGUUCAACCAUGUGUAUGGUCUGCCAGAGCACGCUGACAGCCUGUGCCUCAAAGACACCAGAGAUGGUGGACCCUAUCGGCUCUAUAACUUGGACGUGUUUGCCUACGAGUUGUACAGCCGUCUUGGUCUGUAUGGCUCAGUGCCGCUGUUGGUGGCCCACAAGCCCGACCACACACUGGGUGUAUUUUGGCUGAAUGCAUCUGAGACUUUUGUUAACAUUCAAUACAGCCGCUUUAACCCUCAGAAUGAAGAUCAAGGCCCACAAGUGAAGCAGAGAUUAUUGCUGCCUCAGACUGACGUCCACUGGUUGUCAGAAAGUGGUGUGAUUGACUGCACAGUUUUGCUUGGACCCAGUCCACAAGAACUCUUCAGCCAGUAUGCUCAGCUGACAGGUUAUCAAGCCCUGCUGCCUCUGUUUGCUCUUGGGUAUCAUCAGAGUCGCUGGAGCUACAACAGCGAGGCUGACGUGAAGGCUGUAGAUGCCGGAUUUGAUCAUCACAACAUCCCGUACGAUGUAAUCUGGCUGGACAUUGAUCACACCAACGGGAAGCGUUAUUUUACAUGGGACCCUAUCCUUUUUCCUGAACCGGCUGAGUUGCAGCGCCAUUUAGACCAGAAGAACAGGAAGUUGGUGGUAAUAAGUGAUCCCCACAUCAAGGUGGACCCUGAGUGGUCCCUGUACUGCGAAGCCAGGGAUGGAGGACAUUUCGUCAAGGACAGAAAGGGACAGCUCUAUCAAGGCUCCUGCUGGCCUGGGAAGUCCUGCUAUCUUGACUUGAGUAAUGCAGUCACUCGAGCAUGGUACUCCAGACGGUUCGGCCUCGAUAAGUAUGAGGGAUCAACCGCAUCAUUAUUUGUGUGGAAUGAUAUGAAUGAACCAUCGGUGUUUGGCGGACCAGAGCAGACGAUGCCGAAAGACUCGGUGCAUUCUGGUGGCUGGGAACACCGGGAAUUACACAACCUGUACGGCUUUUACCAGCACAUGGCCCACAGCCGAAGGUCUGAUAUCAAGUUCAGGCGGCUCAGAGAGACCUUUUGUUCUGUCACGCCCUUCUUUCGCCGGAUCACAAGGUUUGGCAGGAGCCUAUGGACAGGUGACAAUGUCGCCAGUUGGGAAUACCUGAAGAUCUCAAUUCCAAUGCUUUUGUCCCUAAGUGUGGCAGGCAUUGUGUUUUGUGGAGCGGAUGUCGGUGGGUUUUUUAAAGAUCCAGAGCCAGAGUUGCUGGUGCGCUGGUACCAAGCAGCUGCUCUGCAGCCAUUUUUCCGUGGUCACUCCGCAAAAACGUCAAAGCGCCGUGAGCCUUGGCUGUUUGGGGACAAAGUCACAGCAGAGAUCCGCAAUGUGAUCCAACAGAGGUAUUGCUUGUUGCCCUUCUGGUAUACUUUGCUCCAUCAGGCACAUGUCGCUGGUCUGCCUCUGCUCAGGCCGCUAUGGGUGGAGUUUCCAAGGGAAGAGAGUGUCUUCAGUGUGGACAAUCAAUAUAUGAUUGGAGGAGCACUUCUCACCUGCCCUCUAACUGAACGAGAUGCUCAGGAAGUCAAAGUCUUACUUCCUGGAUCCAGUGAGCUGUGGUACGAUGUGCACUCUGCAAAGAUGUACAAAGGAGGCAGGACUCUGGCUCUUCCUGUGACCAUCAGCACGGUUCCGGUGUUCCAGCGGGGUGGCUCGGUGGUCUGCAGGUCAGUAGGAUGUGGCUCCUGUACGGCUGAAUUCCAGCAGCUCCCACUCUGCAUCACCGUGGCUCUAAACUCUCAGGGCGCCGCUGAUGGUGAGUUGUACGUGGACGACGGCCACUCCUUCAACUACCGAGACAGAAAGGCCUUCUGCCUGCAUAGGUUCAGCAUGCUGUCAGGUCGUCUGCGCUGCCGUCCUGCUAUUGAUGAAGGAACUUUGGACUGUGACCGUGUCGUGCAGUCAGUCAUCAUCAUGGGAUUGAAGAGCAAACCGUCCACUGUGAAAGUGCACGUGUCAGGUACUACCGAUACCUCGGUUGACUUUGAGCACUCCGAAACCUGCUGCAUGCUGACAGUGAGCAACCUAAACCUCAGGGUGGCGUCCAACUGGGAGAUGCUGAUAGAGUAACUGUUCAAUACCCCGCUCGUGUUCUUACUGAUGAGAAGAAAACCUUCAGUCCAGACAGUCCGGAUGGAAUCUUCUCAAUGCAUCUGUUUUAUUGACCACAGCUGGGAACACUCUGGGUGGAGUGUGUGUGCUCCUGUAUUAAAUUUAAAAUUUGAGCCUUUAAAAAAAAUACAUUUCACUGGUCCUUCCCAUGUCCCCUGGUUUUACUUGAUAUAACCAGUGUUCAUUGAGUGGAAAUGGAAGCUUGCUCAAGUCGACAAGGAGUUUUUUUGAAGUGAGAAUAGUUGUUGCUAAAAUCUCUUGUCCUGAGCUGAAUAAAAUGUGCAGCGUCGCUGGAACGCAUGCUUUAUGCUUGGUUCUUUUAUUCUUCAGGGUCAUGUUCCUUGUUGUCUGAGACAAUGCUGACAUUGAAGCUGUGGUGUUUUACAUAACCUGACCUUCUCUGAACACACAAAGU